AUGUCGACAAUUGCGACUGCACUGCCGCACAUCAACGGUACAGGUGUGGUAUCCGCAGAGGCUCAUCGCGAGGUCGACUUCUUGAGGCAGAUCCUGCAGAUACGCGACGAUGUGUUUGCUAGCAAACACCCGCGUAUACAUCUUCCACCCAAAGUAAUAGAACAGGUUGCACCACGUCCGCCGCAAACCACACCACCCAGCAGGCCUUCGACCAACGGCAUUGCGAAUGGCACCGGCGCCUCGCAGCUGUUCCCGCCACGCCCAGACAAUUCGCUACAACAGACCGCGCAAGCACACGAGUUUGUUUCCCCUACCCAGCCCAUACAGCGGCCCUACUCUGCCAAGUCCGCAUCUUCUGGCAUCGACCCGGUGUUGCUCACCAAGUCUGACCACUUGAUCAGGGCAGAGUUGCAGCUCAAGCGACAACAAAUAGAACGGCUUCUGAAAGACCAGUUCGACAAGAAGGGUCGAGGCAAUGACAAUGAGGAGCGCGAGGCCCACUUCAAUGUGGAGGAAUGCUUGAUCCAAGCCCAUCUUCGCGUGCCGCCCGUGUCUGGCUUACAGCCUACAACUAACAACAGUGACGGCGCCGAAUCGUUUGACGAGAACUCGUACUACUCUAGCAAAGCAGACAGUUGGUCUUCGGAAGAUGUUGAUGUCAACCAAACCUCUAUUGCUGAUGCCACAGGGUCACUUGUUUCUCAGGGAAAACAGCUUGUGAAGCAUGUUCUUGAUCAGUCCAGACCUAAUGAGCCUACUGUAAUCGACCUUGACGAGGAAGCUUAUGAGCCAACCGAUGAUAUAGAGAUCUAUGAGCCAGAGCAGGUUGAUCUUGGGGAUGACGCAGACGAGGAGGAUUACUCACCACCUCCGGCUGAUAUCGGCCCCAGUGAGCCUAGUAGAGGUCGAGCACGAGACCGUGGCUUUGGCAACGGCGAUGCAAACGGCUCCCGCCGUAAUAGCCCGUCAGGCCCAGCGCCGCCGCUACAAAAUCCUCGCAAACGGAGACGAGAAGAGAAGCGCCAGGAAAAACGGCGUGAACAACAAGCCAACAAGCGUGUCGUCCGUUCUCCUGAACCUUACAUCAAGGAGGAGCCUCAAUCACCGCCUCCAUUGGCAGAGUCGCAGCCUAGCAAACGUCGAGCUCUCCAGCCUCUUCCUAAUGAUAUCGAGAUGAUGUCGCCACGAGGAGAUACCAGGAUGCAGCCGGUCUACUACCGCGAAUACGACGAGCCGACCUCACCAACUGUGAUUCACGCACCCCAGCGAAGGCCACAACCUCAAGAGCAGGAUUUGAGGAGAGUGGCAAGUCUACAGUAUGCUCGACGCCCCUAUUCACCCGGCGGUAGCGGCGGUGAUGUCUAUGCAGCCCCUCCAGAAUAUCGUCCAAUCCGCGCUGCAUCCCAUGCAUACGCAGAUCGGCCGGAAGUACCAGUCUUCCGCGAACCUUCAACUCGCGCCUCAAUGGCGCCACGGUAUAUUCGUGAACGGUCGCGAUCACCGAUUUACGAACCUAUGCCCCCACCUCGCCGGAUUGUGGUGGAUCAGUAUGGCAACAAAUACUACGCAGCACCCGUCGACGCGAGAGAAUCAGCUGCGCCGCCUAGCAGGCGCAUCGAAGUUGACCCGUACUACGAGCGUGCCGUGACUCGAGAACCUACGAUGCGUGCGCCUGCUCGGUCUGACAUUUAUGAGGAUGAAAUCGGACAAAGAAUGCCUCCACCACCACCGCGGCGGUAUUUAGCGGCCGCCGAACCGGAACAUGUCGACGCGCGACCAUAUGGGCAAAGGGAGACGUCUCGUCGUCCUGUCGAGGUCGAAUAUCGUCCUCAAGAGCUCAUCGAGCGCCGGCCAGUGUCACAAUACGAGGACAUGGGUCCACCGCAGUACAUGCCAUCUCGCGCAUACAGCGUCCGCCCAGAGGUUGUGCGAAGGGAAGUUCCUGAGGGCUACGUCCGUCAUGAAAGCAUUCAACCAGGUUCUGUACGUGCAUCAGCACAACCUCGUUAUCGUGAGGUGAGCAUCGCUCAUCCAGAAGCUUCGGAUCGAUAUGUCAUGGCUCCACCUCAAAGUCGGCGAUAUGUUGAGGAAGGGCCUGUUGAAGUCGCACCAGAGUCUUAUCCGGCUGUGCCGCGACAUGUAAGCUAUCGUUAUUGA